AAUGUCGAUGGAAGUGAUGUAAAUUUCGAUGGGACUGAGAUGUUCUUGUUUCAGAUACUCCAAUUUUACGUGCCCGAGAAGGUCAUGGGGAACAGAGGUCAAGCCUCUGCUUGCCCGCCGCGAGCCCUCGUCGCACAGGGCUCGCUGCACACCAUCACCUUCGACGACGUCCAACAUCACCUGUCUGAGUUGGGGAAGCCGCUGAAUUCCAUGAACUUGGAUGAACUGUUGAAUUCGGUCAUGGCAGUGGAGCAGCAGAUCCAAGCUCCGUCUUCUUCUUCCUCUUCCUCUUCGUCAUCCUCGUCGUCGUCAUCGUGCACCACCAACGCUUCCUCGGUCCCUCCGGGAAACUACGACCUGAAUUGCCCGCUCAGCCACAAGACCGUCGACGAGGUGUGGCGCGAGAUCAUGCGGCACGAAGAGCAAGGCAACGCGGAGGGCGCCGAGACGUUCGGGGAGACGACGCUGGAGGAUUUCCUGGUCCGGGCCGGCGCCAUCAACGUCGGCGCUCCCAACUGCGGUGGUGGGAUCGACGGGGACUCCCCGCCUCUGCUGCCGAUGGACCCGGUGGUGCAGCAGCAGCAGCAGCAGGAGGAGUGGCUCCGGUACCAGUUGACCACCGCUCAACACCAGCAGCAGAGCCAACCCAUGUCGCUCUUGGAGACAGGCCUGCCGUUGUUCGCCAACGCGGUCAUGAAUGCAGGGCUGUGCGACCACCAGCUCGUCGUCAAGCCUGCCUCAUCGGACUCCAAAAUGACCAGCGAGCGGCAGAGAAGCGACGAGAAGACGAUCGAUAAGAUCACGGAGAGGAGGCAGAAGAGGAUGAUAAAGAAUCGAGAGUCGGCAGCUCGAUCGCGUGCACGAAAGCAGGUGUCUAUAUAUCCACACAUUACAUAGAUUUGGUUGCAUCGUCUCUUAUGCAUUGGAUCGCAGGCUUAUAUAAAGCAAUUGGAAGAGGAGGUGAUGCAAUUGACCAACACCAACAAGCGGCUCAAGAAACAGAAGGAAGAAGAGAUGGCGUUGCGGGUCACUCCGCCAUCAGAGCCGAGAUACCAAUUACGGCGUACGAGCUCUGCAAAAUUUUGAGCUCCAACGUGCUCCAGUUUUGACAAGAUUCUUACUUCUUUGAACACCAUGAUAUAUUUAGUUAAUCCAACACAUAAACAUUUGGCUUCUUAUAUCGAUCUUUCAUCUUUGAGGUUUCAAAUAAGAGAAACUGAAGAGGGAAAAGAAAUGUCUUUUUUGUUCAAACCAGUCUUUAUAUA